AUGGUGACGCUGGACGCGGAAGCGGUGGAGGGGUGAUGGCUCCCGGUCCCGGAGAGGAGCCAGGCUGGUGAUUGGCAGGUGACAGCUGACGGGGGAUGGGCAGAAAGUGGCAGCAGAAGGAUGACUUUGUAUAGAGACCAAGAAGAGGAGCUGGAGAGACUCCACACAAUCAUACUUGAUGAAAAGAAUAAACUGACUGAAGAGAUGAAGAUUCAUGGCGAGCAGUUUGGAAAGGACAGCCAAGCUUCAGAGGCAGCACAUAACAGAAAUCAGAUGCUUCUUAAAGAUUUUCAGACGUCGGUGAAAAAUCUAAGACGAAGAGUACAAGAUCCUGAUCCUUCCCUUACUAAUCUAGAGAACCAGUACUGGGCAUCUGUGGAAGAAGAGCUUCCCAAAUGGGAAUUAUUUCUACUGGGAAAAGCUCAAGAACCUUUUGGUGUAAAACAAAGCUACAAUUCAAAGACGACGCUAAGACUUUCCCGAACUAUGGAGGCUCCAAAGAAAAAGAGUCUUCCUCCUUCUGGCUUCAAUUCAAACACCUUCCCAAGGGUUUUCUGAGUAAUGCCGCAUACACGCGAUCGGAAUUUCCGACAAGAAAACUGUGGAUUUUUUUACAACGGUUUGUUGGCUCAAA